UCCGAUAGAGGAAGAGCAGCACUGGGUGCAGUUGAGUUAACGUUAGCCUAGCGUGAAGUAACAGCAGGCAGCUGACAAGUGGUUCCUAUACUCUGUUUGUAAAAACAGAUUCUUGUAUAUUCACCCAGUGUUUGUUCUACUCUGAGCUCUACAUCGACUGCUUCGCCAAGAUGAGCUUCCUGUUUGGCAAUCGCUCAUCUAAAACCUUCAAGCCGAAGAAGAACAUCCCAGAGGGCUCCCAUCAGUACGAGCUGCUGAAACAUGCAGAGGCGACGCUGGGCAGUGGGAACCUGAGGCAGGCUGUCAUGCUGCCAGAUGGAGAGGAUCUCAAUGAGUGGAUAGCUGUCAACACGGUGGAUUUCUUCAAUCAGAUCAACAUGCUGUAUGGCACAAUCACAGAGUUCUGCACUGAGACUAGCUGCUCUGUGAUGUCUGCAGGACCAAGAUAUGAGUAUCACUGGGCUGAUGGUACCAACAUUAAGAAGCCUAUCAAAUGCUCUGCUCCCAAGUACAUAGACUACCUGAUGACUUGGGUACAGGAUCAGCUGGAUGAUGAGACACUUUUUCCCUCUAAGAUUGGAGUUCCCUUCCCCAAAAACUUCAUGUCUGUGGCCAAAACCAUCCUGAAGCGUCUGUUCAGGGUUUACGCUCACAUCUACCAUCAACAUUUUGACUCUGUCAUGCAGCUGCAGGAGGAGGCCCACCUCAACACCUCCUUCAAGCACUUCAUUUUCUUUGUUCAGGAGUUCAACCUCAUCGACAGACGAGAGCUCGCUCCUCUGCAGGACUUGAUUGAGAAGCUUGGAUCCAAGGACAGAUAGACAUUUCAUCUAAAAUUUCCCUUUUUUAAACUUUCUUUUCCUUUCAUGUCUGUGUCUGUGAUCUCUGCUACCUCUUUGACAUCUAGUCUGAACUCUUUAACUGUGUGCCUUCUUCUCGUCACAUUCUCCACCUCAGCAUUUGUACUGUACUUUUCCUUUUACUCCUCUGUUAUCUCUUUUGCUGUCUUUGAGCCUUUUUUAAAAUUGCCACUCUAGUUUAUGUAGAAUAGGGUAGUGUAGUAAGAACACAUUCACAGGACUGUGGUUAAUGACUCUGUUAAGAGCAACCUAUUGAACUUUACAUUGGACCAAUGGCAUUUGGACGUUAAAGUGAAAGCCAACUUAUAUUUUCCUUCAAAGUUGGUGUAUGGUGUUUUGAUUGCCUCAUCAGUUUUUACUCAUUUUUUUAGGCAGUUUACAUUUUUUAACAUGUAGCUAUUGCAAUUACAGUGACUGACCAAAUAUCCCAAUCCUUUUUUACUGUUUGUCAUAGAGUACAGAGUUGGAAAAGUAGACACGUGAAACUUGAUACUGUGGACUUUGUAUCAAUGAUAAAACAUAUUUUUUGACGUUUUUAGUCUAACAUGAAGGCACAAACUGCUUAUGUAUCUAAUGUCCCACAGAAACAUACGCUGUGUUGCUGUUGACAUGUCAAAUGCAAAUAGACAUGUGAUAAGCCUUUGUUCUUGCCCCACAAACCAUCACCAUAGACUGGACUGUAGCUAUUUCAGUAUGUUUUUUGCACAUUUUUUUUAUUUUCUAGAUGCAAGUAGGGAACUUAAAUAGCAAAAUGCAAGAUAUAGUGCUUACAGACAUCCUUUUAAUCUGCUUUAUAGUUAUUUUUGACAGUCAGUUAAAGCUUCCAUAAUCAUGACUAUAAAAUAAGUAUAUAGCAAAUAUCCUGUCAGCAAAAAUAGUCUGUGAAUGUUUAGUUUUACUGUCAUUUUGGUUUAUUUCUGUGGUGCAGAUAAAUCACAUAAUUCUGUUAUUUGUUUAUUCACUGCUGGUACUUACUCUUUGAAUUUUUUGCUAAAUAUUUCUGCCCCAGACUGAAAAUUAGAGACAUAACUAUAAGGAGAGGUCACCUGAGAUGUAUGUAGUUCCUCCAGAGAUCUGUUAUUACUGUGGUCAUAUUAAUUUCUGUACUAUUUUUUUUUUUUUUUUUUUUUUUUGGCUACAACAGCAGGGCUGUUUGUUUUGCCAUUCUUUUACAAAUGAGUGCAGCUAGUUUAUCUGUUCAGGAUCAUUUGGCAACAUCUGAGCAAGGGAAUUAUCCCAACUUGUUGGACCUAAAUUUAUAUCAGACAAUCAUGUAGCCAGACAAUAGGUCAGACAUGAGAGGUUUAAAAUCACUGAUUGUUUCCCCAGCAAUGAGGAAUAUGAUUAUGUAAGUGCAGUAAUCUUUCAGUAGUGCAAAGACCACACCUUAAUUGUGAUUAGUCCAUUUUUAUUUUUAUUUUUUUAAUUGCUUGGCAUAAAAACAGUCUUGCGUCCAUUAUGUCAGUCAUCAGAAGGCAUAUCAGUAUAUUUUGCAUGACUAGCCUGUUUUAGAGACAUUUAUUUGACUAAGUCCUUUCUUUCAGUUUAGUCAUAUGUUUUUUAAUGCAUUGUUUGUUCUCACUUUUGUUUAUACCUCUUGGCACAGAGUUACAUUUCAUUUUACGUUGUAAAAUAAAUUUUGUUGACUUUAACCUUUGGAUUAAUAAGGAGUAAGGGCUUUGAAAUGAAUGAAAAGUUUUAUAUAUUUCAGUAAUGGUCCUAUUAUUGGAUGGUCAUUCAGACCAAGAGGUGCAGGGAUGUACAUACUGCAUCCAAACAUUUCCUGUAAAGGUUGUAUUUGAACAAAACUGUGCCUUACAAAAUGAAAAAGUCUGUUAUGACAGUAUUGGUAGAUUAAAUCUUUAAUAAACACUGAAAGGACA